GCGCCGCGCAGCCGGAUACGAGGAGGGAGCAGCAUGUUCGGGGCCCGGGCCAGCCCUCUCUUUCUGGACACUUCUGGGAUUUGGUGGCAGGACCCACCAUCCCUGGCAGCAGUGGAGGAGUCCUGGGAUGUGACAGAGAUGCCAGCUCUCCAGAAGACCCCAGAGGAAGACUUGGACCUGAGCAAUCUGGAGGGGGACAGUGCGGAGGAGCUGGGUGUGCAGGACCCAGAGUUGGAGGCCAUCAAAGCCAGAGUGCAGGAGAUGGAGAAGGAGGAYGAGAGGCUGAAGGAGUUGCAGCUGGAAGCAGAGAGGCGCUUCCUCAUGAGCUCGGAGGCAGGUCUGUUCCCAAAGACAACAGAGGAGAAAAUAGAGGUUGAUCAGCGAUCCAUCUAUGUGGGCAAUGUGGACUAUGGUGGGACUGCGGAGGAGCUGGAGUCUCAUUUCAACAGCUGUGGGCAGAUCAACCGGGUGACCAUCCUCUGUGACAAGUUCUCGGGACACCCCAAAGGGUACGCCUACAUCGAGUUCGAGGAGAAGAGCUCYGUGAAGGCGGCGGUGGAGCUGGACGAGAGCACGUUCAGAGGCCGCAUCAUUAAGGUGCUGCCCAAGAGAACCAACAUGCCAGGCAUCAGCAGCACCGACCGCGGCCGGUACCGCGGCCGCUUCCACGCCCGGGGAGGGCUCUCCCAGCGCGGAGGCUACUACGGCGGGCAGGUGCGAGGGAGGACGUACAGGGGUCGGGCAAGACUGUUGCCUUGGUAUUUUCCAUACUAAAAGGAGGACUGGACUAUCCUGGUGGUGCCAACAGGACUGCGAAGAAGAGGAGGGAUUGCAGAGAUUAAAAAAAAAAAAAA